GCAGGCUUGGAGUGUGACUGUCCCCUUCCGCCUCCCCCAGUAAAGGCUGAAAAUCUGGGUCACAGCUGAGGAAGACCUCAGACAUGGAGCCCAGGAUGUGGCCUGCACUGAUGUUAUCCCACCUCCUCCCUCUCUGGCCAUUGCUGUUGCUGCCUCUCCUGCUACCUGCCCAGGGCUCUUCCUCCUCCCCUCGGACCCCCCCAGCCCCAGCCCGCCCUCCAUGUGCCCGGGGAGGCCCGUCGGCGCCACGCCAUGUAUGUGUGUGGGAGCGGGCACCCCCACCAAGCCGAUCCCCAAGGGUCCCAAGAUCACGCAGGCAAGUCCUGCCAGGCACUGCGCCCCCUGCCACCCCAUCAGGCUUUGAGGAGGGGCCCCCUUCUUCCCAGUACCCCUGGGCUAUUGUGUGGGGCCCCACAGUCUCUCGAGAGGAUGGGGGAGACCCCAACUCUGCCAAUCCUGGAUUUCUGCCUCUGGACUAUGGUUUUGCUGCCCCCCAUGGGCUGGCUACCCCCCACCCCAACUCCGACUCCAUGCGGGGUGAUGGAGAUGGGCUCAUCCUUGGAGAGGCACCAGCUACCCUGCGGCCAUUCCUGUUUGGGGGCCGUGGGGAAGGUGUGGACCCCCAGCUCUAUGUCACAAUCACCAUCUCCAUCAUCAUUGUUCUUGUGGCCACGGGCAUCAUCUUCAAGUUCUGCUGGGACCGCAGCCAGAAGCGGCGAAGACCCUCAGGACAGCAAGGUGCCCUGAGGCAGGAAGAGAGCCAACAGCCGCUGACAGACCUGUCCCCUGCUGGAGUCACUGUGCUGGGGGCCUUCGGGGACUCGCCCAUCCCCACCCCUGACCACGAGGAGCCCCGAGGGGGACCCCGACCUGGGAUGCCCCAGCCCAAAGGGGCUCCAGCCUUCCAGUUGAACCGGAUCCCUCUGGUGAAUCUGUGAUGCUCCCCCAGUCCUGGGGGGCUGCCAAGCAGGAGGCCAAGGGGCUAUCAUAGCCCUCACCCCAUGAGGGUGGGGGAGCUGUGCGGAGGGGGGGCACAGGUGCUCCCUUGCACCGCCCCCUCUUGGAAUGCUCCCUGGCCAUGUAGGCAAACCUACCUGCUCACCCUCUUGGAGGUGGGGGGGCCUCAUACAUCGGUGGCUCCUGGUCCCUCAUUCCUACCCUUGCACACUCACAUGGAAGCCUUGCACACUCACCUUCACCCUCACCGGCCAGGCCUAUGUGCGGCCAGUCUUCGGCACCCUGGUUGUGUCAGUCGAUACCUGUCCCAUCAGUUAGUCCCCCACGUCCAUCCUCCCUCUCGUUCCACGUGUCUCAGGCUUUCUCUUCUCUCCCAUCUGGGCCCCUGGUCCAUGCACACUUCACCCACCUCCCCAUCCCCCAUGCAUUUCCUGUUGCGUGUGCUGUUGCGUGUCGUGCUUACUCUCCCUCUCAUGGACCCCCACUGGUCUCGUCUGUGGCCCCUGCAUGCUACCCUGUCCAUGGGUGGGAAGUGUGUCAGGGACCCCUUGGCCCUCCUUUGCCACGGCCCCAUCCCAUUUCAGGCCAUGGGUUGCACCGGCUUCCGUCCUGCUCCAGGGGUGUGCGCUCAGCUCAUUACCCAGCGGGCUCCAAACGCCUCUCCCCACCCCACUGCUACAUUCUGUUGUCCGAGACCUGGGUUUGGGGGAAGCCACCUACUGUACUCCGGGAGAAAGGGGCUCCCCUUGGUCCGACCCUUCCUCUUAAGGCCCUUGUGUUUGUCUGUCCUGUUGUCCGUGUGUUUGUCCGGGAGCUCCCUGAACCGGCCCUCCACUCCCCAGCCUGCCUUAGGGCCCCCCUAAGUCCGCCUCUGCAGCUGCCAGGGAUGGAGCCAGCUGGUUCAAGGCCAUCGGAGCUCUGCUUCCAAAAUGACCCCUUCCCUUGCUGGGUUUCCUCAGUCCCCUUCUUCCCUCCCUUUGUCUUCUCUCCCCGCCCGCCCCCCCCCUUC